AUGUCUACGACAGCGACCUCCCCCGUAAUGGCCACCACCGAGCGGAUGAACGGCACAACGCCCGAGUCCAUCUCAAUCAACAGCAGCCCCUCACAACCCCUCCAACAAGAGCGUAGACCCAAGAAAGAGUCGAAGAAGUACAAGCACACCUUCGCCGUGCAUUCGACAAGCAGGACAUCAUGCUUGAGCCACGACGCAGAGGUCGCCCCUUCCUUCCUGGGCUUCCGCAAUCUCAUGGGCCUCGUGCUGGUCGUGUCGAACCUACGACUGAUGAUUGAGAACCUGAAGAAGUACGGCAUAUUGGUCACUCUAUCCGGCUCUGACAUAUCACCGGUCGAUUGGAGAUGGGGUGCGUUUCUCUACUUCCUCACGCCAUGCCAUCUGUUCGGAGCCUACAUGAUCGAGCUCCUCGCGGCCAAUGCUGCAAAGGACGUCCGAGCCAAAGAGAAGAAGAACGAGGACGGGAUCGAUGAGAUGGUUACGGAACAAGACAAGAAGACACUCUUCUCCACCUGGAAAGCCAUAGCGAUCAUCCACGCGAUCAACGCAACCUCCAUGCUGGUCUUCGCAACCUGGGUCGUCUACUACAAAAUCCACAACCCAGGCAUCGGCGUCCUCACUCAACUCCACUCCGUCGUCGUCUGGCUCAAAGUCUGCUCCUACGCCCUUACCAACCGCGACCUCCGACACGCCAUGCUCGACACCACCUCCACGCAAAGCGCCCUCCCCGCCCUCUACAAAACCUGCCCCUACCCCGCCAACAUCACCAUCCGCAACCUAUCCUACUUCUGGUGGGCGCCCACCCUCGUCUACCAACCCGUCUACCCCACGCUCCCCGCCCGCCGCUGGUCUUUCAUCCUCAAACGUACCGCGGAAUUCUGCCUCCUCUGCGCCCUCAUCUGGAUCACCUCGGCCCAAUACGCCGUCCCCUUGCUCCGCAACAGCCUCACCGACAUCUCCUCCCUCAACCUCAUCAACAUCCUCGAGCGCGUGCUCAAACUCUCCACCAUCUCCCUCGUCUGCUGGUUAGCGGGCUUCUUCGCCCUGUUCCAAUCUUUCCUCAACGGGCUGGCGGAGAUUAUGUAUUUCGCUGAUCGCGAGUUCUACGGCGACUGGUGGAACUCUACUACCAUUCGCUCGUACUGGACAUCCUGGAACAAACCCGUCACGCAUUUUAUGAAACGCCACAUCUACGCCCCGAUGGUCGGACGCGGUGUCCCUCCUACCGUAGCGCAGAUCCUCACCUUCCUCUUCUCCGGCAUCCUACACGAGCUGCUCAUCGGAGUCCCGACACACAACAUCCUGGGUUUCGCCUUCUUCGGCAUGGUCGGACAACUUCCCCUGAUCUUCUUAACGGACGUGUUCAAACAGGCGAAAGGGCAUAAUGCGAAGCUGGUCGGCAAUCUGAUCUUCUGGUUGAGUUUUUGUGUCUUUGGGCAGCCGAUUGCGGCGAUUGCGUAUUUCUUCGCGUGGCAUGCUAAGUAUGGGAUGCAGACGAGGCCGGUGUGGCCGGGUGGGAAGGCGGUGGGCUGA